AUGGCGGAGGAGGCGGGAAGGAGGAGGCGCGCGGCGGUGGUUGUGCUGGGCGACAUCGGCCGCAGCCCGCGCAUGCAGUACCACUCCCUCUCCCUCGCCAACCAGGCCGGCAUGGAAGUCGACAUUGUUGCAAACGGAGGAAGUGAUCCCCAUUUAUCACUGAGAGAGAAUCCAUCAAUUCACAUACACGAGAUGAAAUCAGUGCAGUUAUCGGGAAUUUCAAAGAUAUCUGGUGCCCUGGCUCUGCUACUUAAAGCUGCCAUCCAGUUUAUCAUGCUGAUUUGGUUUCUCUGCUUUAAGAUUCCUCGCCCUGAUGUCUUCAUUGUUCAGAAUCCACCCUCCGUUCCAACAUUGGCGGCUGUGAAACUGGUUAGCUGGCUAAGAGGUGCUAAAUUUAUUGUGGAUUGGCAUAAUUUUGGAUAUACUUUGCUUGGACUGUCUCAUGGCAGAAGUCAUGUAAUAGUCAAAGUCUAUUUCUGGUUCGAGAAGCACUUUGGGCGGAUGGCUGAUGGUGCCUUUUGCGUUACGAAAGCAAUGCAACAUGAGCUUGCUCAAAAUUGGGGAAUCAAAGCAACAGUUCUUUAUGAUCAUUCUCCUGAAUUUUUCCGUCCUGCUUCCUUGACUGAGAAACAUGAGUUGUUCUGCAGGUUGGGUAGUUCCAUUUGUGGUGCUAUGGGCAGUGCUGAUUGCAUCUCUGUUGAAAAAGAAGUGGAAGACAAGAACACUACUGUACUUACUGGCAAGAUUGAUGGUGGAGUUUCGUUGAAGCCUAAUAGACCUGCACUUGUUGUGAGCAGCACAAGCUGGACACCAGAUGAAGAUUUCAGCAUACUUCUGGAAGCAGCACUGAUGUAUGAUAGACGUGUUGCUGCAACAUUAGGUGAAGAGGAUUCAAUGGACGAGGGGCAGCUUUGGAUUGAUAUCAAGAAUGGGAAGCAAUUUGAUUACCCAAGAUUGCUUUUCGUUAUCACAGGUAAAGGGCCUGAUAGGAAGAAAUAUGAGGAGCAAAUAAAAAGGUUAAAACUGAGACGUGUUGCCUUCCGGACUAUGUGGCUUGCAUCGGAGGACUAUCCUCUAUUGCUAGGAUCAGCUGAUCUAGGCGUAUCGCUUCAUACAUCCUCAUCGGGGCUUGAUCUACCUAUGAAGGUGGUUGAUAUGUUUGGAUGUGGAUUACCAGUUUGUGCCGCUUCAUUCUCCUGCAUCGAGGAGCUUGUAAAAGUUAACAGAAAUGGACUUCUUUUCUCAACAUCUUCGGAGCUCGCAGAUGAACUUAUGAUGCUCUUCAAGGGAUUUCCAGAGGAAUGCGAUACCCUGAAAUCCCUGAAGCAUGGUGCCUUGAGUACAGGUUCAUCUUCCAAAUGGUCAGCAGAAUGGGAAACUAAUGCACUUCCUUUGGUGAAUCAGCCAUGGGACCUGCCAUUGAAGAGCAGCAGCUGCUCAUCUGCACCAUCGUCAAGGCUCUCCAGGCCAUACUCACUCUGCUCGCCAUCAUAG